CUCUCUUCUACAUACAACCACCUGCAAUAUACAACUCGCUCAGAAACAAAUCUCUCAGCCAUUUGUAACCUACAUCCUUCCAACCACCAAUCCACUACCGUCACCAACUCCCCACUCACCAUGCCACCAAACACCCAACCUCCCCGCCUCACAUGGCGUCAAUACAAAGAGUACCAGCGGCUCCUGCGGGAGGUCCAGGCUCCCCCAGGGUGCUCCCACUGCGACUCGCCCCGUAAGGAGUCCGCCGACCUUCAAGCUCGUUGCGUACAGCUGGUGGGACAGCUCGCCACCGCACAGUCGCCGAGCACUCGGAAUCACGAGCGCCCGGGACGCAUUCGACGCGAAGCCGCGAGGGCAGCUGCGCGUGCUGCCGCCGCCGAGAACAUCGCCACCGCCGAAGAAGCCGAAGCUUCCGCAACUUCCUUGGUGGAACCUGCUGAUGCCGGCCCGACGACAUCCGAGGGUGACGUGUCGGAGCUAAUCUCGGUUGGCGUGCACGUCACACUGAUUGGUGACGCUCUGGAUGCGGGCACUGGAUCCCAAGAUCCCCACGAUGAUAGCCGCGAGGCCGUCGUCGGCGGUGGAAUGGGAGCUGAGAUGUCGUCGGCUGCGCCGGUGCAGCAGGAGACGGAGGUUGUGGUGGACCUGGCCAGCGAGCCAGCUCCAUACCAGGAAGCAGCUGGGACAAUCACGAGGUUGACCGCGAGAAGCUGUCUGCACCUGCGUUGGAAGCUGCUCGUAUGGCCAGCGCUCCUGGUGGCGGCGGUGCUCCUGUUCGGGAUUGUCCCGUCUCUUCCAGCGACGACCACUGCCCGUCAAGCUCUGUGCCCGUUGAGGUGGUCGUCGGCUAAGCUCGACGCAGCGACACACAGUUUCCCAGCAGUGUCAUGGCCCGUCAGCAACAAGAGCGAGUUUCUCCGGCCAGGGACGGUGGUCCGGCCGCUCAGGCUACCAGCAGAGCAGGCAUCAGAAAUGGUUCUUGUCAAAACCUCGCCACCCCCCGGCGGCGCUGAUGCCUGGGCGAGCCAGCUGCCGCCACAGACCCGCUUCUGGGGUACUGCACUGCUGGUCGUUCUGGUAGCGGGGGUUGUUGGCGCGUGGAGAAUCCGGCCGGGUGUGGGGGAGGGGGAUGACGAAGGGGAGGACGAGAACGAGGACGCGUACGAGAACGAAAACUAG